AUAGGCAUCUUAAAUUGUAAACAAAUGUAAAGUGUUUAAUGUAAAAUUGUAAGCAAAUGUAAAUGUAAAUCGUUCUACGCAGAUUUUACCAUAUAUUUCUGUAACCAGUUGGUAUUUGUAUAUUUACUUAAUACAAAUAAAUCUUGAUCUUCAUUCAUUCAAGUAUAUAGCGAUAUGACUCAAGUUUUAUGCAGGCUUCUGAAAUCACCUCUGAAUAUAUUAAGAAGGCCUGUCUUUCGAACUUUAAUGGUGACAAAAUGUUUACAGGAAAAUUAUGAAGGUGAUGGUAAAACAACUGUUACAAUACUGAAUAAAGAAUACAAGCAUUUAGUAAUGUUUGAUACCUUAGGUAAUCAUGGUUUUAGGCUUAACAAUGGAAUUUUCAUCAUGGGCCCUGUUGCAGCCUUUCCGCGUACCGUUCUUCAGUGGAAUGUUGAAUCAUUCGAAAAAGUGUCCAAAGAAUCCCUUUCAUUGUUUUCACUUUUAGAACCUAAAUUAGACUUAUUGAUAUUUGGCACCGGAGAUAAAGCAGUGCAACUCGAUCCCGAUCUUCGAUCUUUUCUUAAAUCUCAUAAAAUAAGCACCGAAGUAUUACCUACUGAAAAAGCACUUACUACCUUUAACUUUCUGAAUGCUGAGGGAAGAUGUAUAGCUGGUGCUUUCUUCCCACCCUCUGCGAUUAUGCUGUAUGAAGAAGAAAUGCAGCUUCUAGAUACUGCAGAGGAAAUAAAUCCUUUCAAUGCUUAACUUUAUUUGAAUGUUUUAAACAGAAUGUGUAUACAUAAGAAUUUUUGAAACACAGUUUUGUAAAUUGUAAACUUGAAAAAAUAUAGUUUACAGAUUUUUUUAGUGUUUAACCCACUGGUGGUUUUGAAAAUGGGCAAUAUUGGGAGAAUGAUCUCCGCUAUACACUAUUGCCCUAUCUAAUAACAAGGAAAAGCCAGUUUUGCCAUGCGGAGAAGACUCCAGGUUGAAAUACGACUUUUUACAUGCAGAACCGUCAGUGGGUUAAGAAACAAAAAAUUAAUGCAGUUUAAUAUUGAUCUUCAUGCAUUUUAGUAUUUAUAUUUAUGCAGUUUAGUAUUUAUCUUUCAUCUUUUUUUAUCAUACUAGGAAUAAACUAUAUUCCUAGUAUGAAUACUAGGAAUAUAACUUAUUUUGUAUGUUAUGUUUAAUUAAGUAAUUAUUGCAUUAAUAAGUAAAAAGAGUACUUAAAUGGCUAUGAAUUAAAUGUAUACUUCAAAAAUAAACUAUAUAUACAAAGUGA